AUGGCACUCUUUCACCAAGCAAAUAUGGUUGCAGCCUACUAUUCCACUCCUAGCCCGGCUAAGUUUAAAGCGAUGCCUUGGAAGCUUGCUUAUGCCACGUUUUACGGAGACGAGUCUGCUUCUGAAACAAUGGGUGGAGCUUGUGGAUAUGGGAACUUGUUCAAUUCAGGUUAUGGAACAGCAACAGCAGCAUUGAGCACAGUGCUAUUUAGCAAUGGAUAUUCAUGUGGGCAAUGCUUCCAAAUAAUGUGUGUAAAAUCAAAAUUUUGCUACAAAGGGUUCACCACAAUUACAGCCACAAACCUCUGCCCACCCAAUUGGGCCCAAGAUUCAAACCAUGGUGGUUGGUGCAACCCACCACGCCAACACUUUGACAUGUCUAAACCCGCUUUCAUGAAAAUUGCUCAAUGGAAGGCUGGCAUCGUCCCCGUUACGUAUCGCAGGGUACCUUGCAUUAAGAAGGGCGGUAUCCGGUUCGCAUUCCAAGGAAAUGGUUACUGGUUGUUGGUAUACGUGAUGAAUGUUGCCGGAGGUGGUGACGUGGCAAGCAUGUGGGUGAAGGGAAGCAAGACAGGGUGGAUAAGCAUGAGCCACAAUUGGGGAGCAUCAUACCAAGCAUUUGCAACUCUUUCAGGCCAAACUCUGUCUUUCAAGCUAACUUCCUACACAUCUCAUGAGACUAUUAUAGCUUACAAUGUUGCACCCUCUAAUUGGCAUGUAGGCAUGAAUUACCAAGCCAGUGUCAACUUCCAUUAG